UCUCCACCCAGGCACAGCAACCUGGAACUUCCAAAUUCCCGCCGACGUGAACCACCAACAUUAUAAGCAUUUCAACUUAUCAUACUGUUGGCAGCCUGCUCUCCAAGCUUCAGGCACCAUCCUCAUUUCUUUGCUCUGUUCCCCACCGCUUCUCCCGCUCGGGCCCGAUCUGUCCUAAGCUACGUAUUCCGCGCCGACAUAAAGUCGGACUGACGUGUUCCAGUGGAAUUGCGCAGCUGCGACUGGGCCCACGGAGUAUUGCGGACAGCAUCGGCACCUUCGUCGAAGAGUUCUGCUUGGCACAUAUUUGGCAAUUCGCUUUCCCCGCGAUUCAACCGGCGUGUUCCUAAGCUUCGCUCCACGAUUAUUGCAAGAUGUCUCCAGACUCGGAGCCAGCCGCGCAGGUAGUCAACGACGUCCCCGACACCGGGCGGGUCGCCCUCAUGGACCAACCGGCCACGCCACAAGACGUCGACUCGGUCGUUGCUUCGUCGCAGCAGAGCAUGCCACCGACCGAAGCACCGAACUCGCCAAUAGAGCCUACAUUGUCGUUCAAGGUCGAGGUCAAUGAUGAGCGCGCAGCACCAUCCGUCAUAGAGUCGUCCCUCACCCCGCCGCCCUCAUCGCAGGUGCCCAACGCUGCAGGGACUGGUGGUGCCAAUCUGCUAGGUUACCUCGGAUCACAACACUCCGGUAUUUUUUCGCCGCCUGCUACCGGCAUCAACGGUGUCAAGCGCGAGGGCGUGGCUUCCGAGUUUACCACCCCGAGUCCGUCCCAGAUCGCUGAUGCUUCUGUCGACGAGCUCCGUGGAAUGCUUCAGGCCUGCAUGGCCGAGCAAGCGAGACUCAAGAUGGAGGCCGCACACCAUAAACUGCAGUUCAACAUGCUCAGCAUCCGUGCGGAAGAGGAUACGAAGCGUGCGGUGGUCGAACAUGAGAUGACGAAGAGGGAAGUGCAGGUGCUGCAGCAAGCCGAAUGUGCACGACAGGCCCGCCGCGAUAUUAUCGUAGCAUCGGAAUCGACACAAGCAAAGUACCUGCAACUCAAGGCUUUGCACGAACAGGUGCUCGAGGAGAACGAUGCGUUACACAAGAAGCUCAAGGCGGCGAGGAAGGUCAUACAGCAGAAGGAGGAUGAGAUCGCCAGCUUGACAGACGAGCGAGAAAUGCUACUGAACCGCAUCCGGGAGAACCGGGAGCAUUUCCAUCUCCUUUGCAGCCCAGGAGGUAUGUUUCACGGGGCCGUGACCCCCAAGGCCCAAGCUACAAGCCCUCAGCAGCACCGAUCCACUCCUCGACAGACCCCCAGGUCGGCGCAUAGGGAGAGUCACCGGGACCACAACGGUGAGGGAUUUGCCGUCCUCCUCCAGGCGCUCAGCCAAGACAACAAUAGCGCUCCCUCGACGCCCAUGAUCGGCCAACGUCCGGCAUCGCGCAUGCCUUCCAAGCAUACGCGCAACAUCCAAUCCAUGUCUUCUCUGCCAUCCACCCCUCUAUCCCGUAACCGGGUAGAUGACAGGGGGCUCCUCCCGUCCAUCGACCUAGUGCCUCAAACGGAACCGCCGCAGCGGCACACCCGAUUCCUACCCGAGACGCCAACCACCCCGCGGACCCGACAGCGCCGCAAGAGCAGGGAAAGCACGAUAUCCGCCGAGGACAACCAGGAACUCGCACGUCAAGCGCUGCAGUCCAUUGCCUCUCGGGGUUCCCAGCAUUCCCACCCGUCCGGCGAGGUUGGGGAGGAAGAAGAGGUCUUUGAGAGCCAAGCUAGUCAAGCGGCUUCGGAGAUGCUCCGCCGGGAUCCCCGAGAGAGCUUCGAGGUGGCGGCGGCGGUGGGGCAUUCUAGGGACGCUACCCCCGCGGCGGCCGAUAGGAGUGCUAAGCUGCAAGCCAAGCUGUUCGGGGGACUCAACAAGAGCGGCCUGUCAUCAGUGCAGGGCAAACGCAAGUUUAGCGGGCAGCAUGGCGAGGCUGGGGAUGGGUUCUCGAUGCACGACCGGCUCACGAGUCCGACGAAGAAGUUGCGCGAGGUGGGAGGUUUGAGGGACCCCGGCCGUGUCGGUCUUGGUAUACAGUAUGGCAGACCGGCAUAGGUAAGGUAGAUAUGGCUACAGGCUGUCGGAUGGGGAAAGGGAAACAUUUGCAUCUGGCUUCUCGGU